UUUUCCUCCGCGCAGAAGCAUCGCCAGCAACACCAACAUGCCGACACAUGCGUGUAUAUAACCGCAGCUUGCAUCCUUUGAGACCAGAACCACCCCAGGCAUCAAUGUAAACGUGGCCAGAGAGAGCAGCAUCCCCUCGUCCGCCUCCAUCAUGAGCAAGCAGGACGUCAAGCCACUCGACCCACUCGUCGCCUCCACCAAGGAUGUCGAAGGCGACGCCACUUCGGCCGACGCCGACGCCGGUCAACCCCUCGAGCUCGUCUCGGCCGAGGAUGACAAGCGUGUCCUGCGCCGGAUCGACUGGCACAUGCAGCCGGUCAUCAUGGUAAUCUACUUUCUCGUCACGCUCGACAAGGCCAGCCUGUCGUACACGUCCGUCUUUGGAAUCCAGCACGACGCCAAGCUGGUCGGAAACCAGUACUCGCUGCUUUCCUCGGUCGUAUACAUCGCCCAGCUCGUCUUCCAACCGAUCAGCGCCUUGGCCAUCAUCAAGCUCCGCCUCUCUCUCUGGGUCGGCGCCCUGAUUACCCUCUGGGGCAUCACACUCGCUUCUGGAGCGGCCGCGUACAACUUUAGCGGGCUCUUCGCCAUGCGCUUCUUCCUCGGAGGGCUCGAGUCGUCCAUCGCGCCAUGCAACGUCGCGCUGACCCAAGCAUUCUACCGUCGCUCAGAGCAGGGCUUCCGCACGAGCACGUGGUACGCCAUGAAUGGCGUCAGCACCAUCAUCGGCAGUGCCAUCGCCUAUGGCCUCGGGCACGUACAUUCGGACAAGCUCUACUCGUACCAAGUCAUUUUCCUCACACUCGGCCUACUCACUGUCGCCUACGGCAUGACGACGUUCUUCACUGUGCCGGACAGCAUUGACCAUGCGUACUUUCUUAAAAACGGCGACGACAGACGCAUCGCGCGUGAGCGCGUCCGCUUCAACCAGGCGGGCACUGACGAGCGCAAGUUCAGCUGGCCCCAGUGCCUGGAGACGUUCCUCGACCUCAAGUCGUGGGUCUGGAUGUCUCUCGCCUUCCUCAUCUCCAUCCCCUCGGGCGGCUUCUCCAACUUCCAAGCUCUCAUCCUCCAAGGUUUCGGCUUCGACAAGUACCAGGUCAUGCUGCUCUCCAUGCCCGUCGGCGCCAUGCAGAUCAUCUCUAUCUUUGCAGCCUUUUGGGCCUCAUCGUACUUCAAGAAUAAAACCGGUGUCCUCCUCGGCGUCAUGGUGCCCACCCUUAUCGGCGGCGGCAUGCUCUAUGGCCUGGGCCGUGAGCCAAAGGACCGUCCAGCGCUCCUCGUCGCGUACUACCUGACUGUCUGCUACGUCGCGGUCACACCGCUCCUGUUUAACUGGCAUUCAAGCAACGUCGCCGGGCGCACGAAGAAGGCGCUGACGACCGCCUUCUUUGUCGCGGGCCAAGCGGGGGGGAACCUCGUCGGGCCCUUCCUAUUCAAGAGCUCCGAUGCGCCGUACUACAAGCCCGGCCUGCGCGCUGUCCUAAUCAUCCUCUGCGCCCUGGUGCUCGAGAUCAGCUUCAUGGCCGGUUGGCUCUUCUACCUCAACAAGCGCAACGAGCGCCGACGCGCCGCGCGCGGCAUGAGCGCCAAGCUGACCGAUUAUUCGAUGCUCAAUCCUAAAGAGGUGCAGAAGCACAAAGAGAAGGAGGAAGAGAAACAGCGGCAGCAGCGGCAGCAGCAGCCGCAAGGUGCUUCCCUCGAUGCCAUCCCACCCAUCGAUAGCGACAAGCAGGCUCCUUCGUCCACAGCAGCAGCGCAUCUUCAGAUCAUCGCCUUGCAAGAUGGCAAAAAGGCCAACGAGGGGACCGCAGAGCUCGGCUUCGCACCGAGCUCGGCGCCGCUGCACGGCGCGCACGCCUUUGAUGACCUUACAGAUCUGGAGAAUGACGAAUUCAUCUACGUGUACUGAACGUGCCAUUGCUAAGCAUUCUGACCGUAAAUCAUUUCUACUUGUUGUAUUUCUGAACCUACGCAAUAAUUCCAUGCAGGCACCACUCAUACCCA